ACUGCUAAACUUCAGCGUAUUGUUCAUCAUCACUUUUUCUUGAAAACCAAACCACAACAAUUUAAUGGCUCGAAAAGUGCGUUCGUGAGAAUAUAUAAAGCGAAGAAACUGGUGUAUUACAAUUUCACUUUAAAAGGAAGAGGUACUUUUACUACAAACACCAAAAAAUGAAGACUUGGUUACAUUUCGGUGUAUUAUGGCUGGGUAUAGUGUCACUUUCCUGUAACAUUGUAUCAUCAAAAGAGGUGAAAUUGUCGGAUUAUCUUUGGCAACAGACUAUAUCCCUGCACCAGGAUGCUCUUCAAUCGUCUUUCAUCCAAGGUCUCAAGAAUGUGUCAUUGGAUCCAACUAAUUUCGGAGCAUUUAUGGUACAGGAUUCCGUGUAUUGCUACAAAGUUAAAGGAUUCCUUGAUAUUGCUGCCGCCAACGAAACGAGUGAUCCAAGCCUUAAGUCAUUCCUUGAGGCUAGAUCAUCCAGCUACGAAAGAUACUAUAAGGGUCUCUUUGAAGCAUGGCAUAUCGCAAAUGCAAAUGGAAUUCAUCUAGGCAAUGCAAGUUCUGGUUACAUCUCACAUCUUCAGAACGUAACAUUGCAAAUGGAUCCAUUAUAUCUCGUCACAGCCCUUAUACCGUGUGCAAGACUAUGGCCUUGGCUUGGGGGUGAAAUCAAUGUUAAAAAGGGUAACUUUGGUGUCUACAAAAAAUGGGUCAUGGAGAAUUUGGAUCCAGAUUACCAUGGUUACAGCAAGUAUGAGAAGGUGAUCAAUGCUGCCUUUGUAGAAGGUCGUAUCAACCUGAACGUCGCACUGGAUGUGUACACCCGCAGCAUGCAAGGAGAGGUGGCUUUCUUCUCAUCAGUGUAAUUUCAAUGACAGUUUCAUGUUUCUAGGAUACCGACAACAAAAUUGCUGUUUUCUCAACCAUCUAUCUCUUUCCCCCCUACCUUUUUUAUUCAAUAAAAAUGGGCCAUCAAUUAGGGUAUGACCAUAAUUCAUGCUAAAGAAAUCAUGAAUUGUUGUUAAUUUAUAUGUGCUGUAUAUGUAUAUGCAAAAGUGAUUUUGUAAGGUCAGUUUGUGAUGGUUUCUCGAUCCUGACUGAUCAUUCGGACCCUUCUUGUUGUGGCCCGAAACAAAAUUGACUGUAUUCUUCGAUUACACUUAAUAAACGCUAAUUAUAAUGUCUGACGGGUACUCUGCACUGACCUUAUUUAGAUUGUCGAAACUUUGUAAUUGUUCGUCUUUGUUAAAAUUUAUUGGUAAAAAUUAAAAUUAUUGCAUUAUCUUCAUUUACUUUUUCACUUUGUUAACCUAACCUUAUAUUUUAAUGUCUUAGACAUACGCCUCAUACGUGUGAUAAGCUUACAUGCGUGUGCGUUCUGCCCUGGAAAUUCAAAUGCUACAAAACAACUUGGACUUAAUAACUUGAUUUGACCCUUUUAAAGACAGUUAUUUUUCAUAUUACACUGGUGAUUUCCGGGAAGUCAGCCCAAAAAUGAUUAAUAUCAAUUCAAAUCGAACUUCAUUAAAUACGUCGGUGACUAUUUAUAAGGUAGACAAUUCAAUGUCUUAUCGGUUAUAAGAAGGAAAAUGGAAUUGAAUUACUUCCCUUUCUUAUUUCAAAACAAAUCAUUCAUAUAAGCUGCUCAAAACAAAUCAUUUAUAUCUGCUGCUCUGUGUGUUGUAUCUGUGUGCGUGCGCGUGGGUGUGUGUGUGUGCGUGUACGUGCACGUGCUAUACAAAAUGAUUAUGGUGACCUUGGCCGGGUACUUCCGGUCGUGGACUUCAAAUAAUUCCUUACACCGCUCAACAGUUCGAAGUUAUAAGUUCAAAAAUUUCUUCAAGAAAUCCUAUUCAUUCUUAAGAUUUUUAAACGUUGUGCUUGCUUCCGACGGCUAUAGAAUCAAUCAAUGCCAUCUGUACACACUAAGACCAGACUGAACAUUCGUGUCAUCACGGUCGGCACUAUUCGCUUUUUAGUCAGUACAAAUUUUGAAAUUUUCCAUUAAAAGUCAAGGUUGAAAGAUGGACCAGUCAAUUUGAAAUGUUUAGCAGGACAAGGGAUAAAAUGGAAUAUUAAUAUAAGACACAAAGUUAUUUUACACCUUCAGUUGCGAAAGAAAUAACAUAAAGCUGUUCUUAGAUUUAAUUAUAUGUCACAAAAUUACGUAUGUUACUUCCUAUGAAACACGUGUGUAUAAUCACAAAUCAUGCUUGAAAACAAGUUCAUUAUUUAUUAUUAUUUGAAAAGAAAACUUUAUACAAAUAUUACAUUUAUUAUAGACGGAUGUACUUACCCCAAAAUUUUUGCAAUAAUAAAUACAAUACUUCUAAGAAUGUUACUUCUCUGUUACCAUUUCCACAAUGCUUGACUGGACCAAGGUUAACCAAAGUCUGAACCAUUUGUUGUCAUCCUUCAAUGAGACCUUGCAUGAAAGACUUCCGUAGGAGUACUUUUCGUCCAGCUUUUUUUUCUGUACCUGACAGAGUGAUUGAUUUCAUCGCCUCCCCCCCCCUCUCCCCGCCCAACUGAUGGAGAAUAACUAAAUAAAGUUGUUUUUUUGCGUUGUUGUUGUUAUUUUGUUUUGUUGUUAUUGUGUUUUGUUGUUAUUGUGUUUUGUUGUUUUUGUUUUUUGUUGUUGUUUUUUGUAUCUGACAGAUGGAUUGGUUCCCCCAAACAAAUUGGAAAUAACUAAAUUAAGUUGUUGUU